AGAGAGAGCGCGGGGUGGGGUGGGGGCCAAGGCAGAGCAUGUCCGCCAUCUACCCUCCGCUCCCGGGCGCGCUCUCAUUCAUAGCAGCCUCUUCAUGAAUUACAGCUGAAGGGGGCGGGGGAGGGGGGUACUACACAACACCCCGGCAAACCUCCGGGCCCCCAGGCAUGGCUAGCUCGUGUGCCGUGCAGGUGAAGCUGGAGCUGGGGCACCGCGCCCAGGUGAGGAAGAAACCCACGGUGGAGGGCUUCACCCACGACUGGAUGGUGUUCGUGCGCGGCCCGGAGCACAGUAACAUCCAGCACUUUGUGGAGAAAGUCGUCUUCCACUUGCACGAAAGCUUCCCCAGGCCAAAAAGAGUGUGCAAAGACCCACCUUACAAAGUAGAAGAGUCUGGGUAUGCUGGUUUCAUAUUGCCAAUUGAAGUUUAUUUUAAAAACAAGGAAGAACCUAAGAAAGUCCGCUUUGAUUAUGACUUAUUCCUGCAUCUUGAAGGCCACCCACCAGUGAAUCACCUCCGCUGUGAGAAACUUACUUUCAAUAACCCCACAGAGGACUUUAGAAGAAAGUUGCUGAAGGCAGGAGGGGACCCUAACAGGAGCAUUCAUACCAGCAGCAGCAGCAGCAGCAGCAGUAGUAGCAGCAGCAGCAGCAGCAGCAGCAGUAGCAGCAGCAGCAGCAGCAGUAGUAGUAGCAGCAGCAGCAGCAGCAGCAGCAGCAGCAGCAGCAGCAGCAGUAGUACCAGUUUUUCAAAGCCUCACAAAUUAAUGAAGGAGCACAAGGAAAAACCUUCUAAAGACUCCAGAGAACAUAAAAGUGCCUUCAAAGAACCUUCCAGGGAUCACAACAAAUCUUCCAAAGACUCCUCCAAGAAACCCAAAGAAAACAAACCACUGAAAGAAGAAAAAAUAGUUCCUAAGAUGGCCUUCAAGGAACCUAAACCCAUGUCAAAAGAGCCAAAAGCAGACAGUAACUUACUCACCAUCACCAGUGGACAGCAGGAUAAGAAGGCUCCCAGUAAAAGGCCCCCCAUUUCUGAUUCUGAAGAACUCUCAGCCAAAAAGAGGAAAAAGAGCAGUUCGGAGGCUUUAUUUAAAAGUUUUUCUAGUGCACCACCACUGAUACUCACUUGUUCUGCUGACAAAAAACAGAUAAAAGAUAAAUCUCAUGUCAAGAUGGGGAAGGUCAAAGUCGAGAGUGAGACGUCGGAGAAGAAGAGGUCAACGUUGCCGCCCUUUGACGAUAUCGUGGAUCCCAAUGACUCAGACGUGGAGGAGAAUAUGUCCUCAAAAUCUGACUCAGAGCAACCCAGUCCGGCCAGCUCCAGCUCCAGCUCCAGCUCCAGCUUCACACCGUCCCAGACCAGGCAACAAGGUCCUUUGAGGUCCAUCAUGAAAGAUCUGCAUUCUGAUGACAAUGAGGAGGAGUCUGAUGAGGCAGAGGACAAUGACAAUGACUCCGAGAUGGAAAGACCUGUAAAUAGAGGGGGAAGCCGAAGUCGCAGGGUCAGCUUGAGUGACGGCAGUGACAGCGAGAGCAGCUCCGCCUCUUCACCUCUCCAUCAUGAACCCCCGCCGCCAUUAUUGAAAACUAACAACAACCAGAUUCUUGAAGUGAAAAGUCCAAUCAAACAAAGCAAAUCAGAUAAGCAAAUAAAGAACGGUGAAUGUGACAAGGCAUACCUAGAUGAGUUGGUAGAACUCCACAGAAGGUUAAUGACACUGAGGGAAAGACACAUUCUGCAGCAGAUCGUGAACCUUAUAGAAGAAACUGGACAUUUUCAUAUUACAAAUACAACAUUUGAUUUUGAUCUUUGCUCGCUGGACAAAACUACAGUCCGUAAAUUACAGAGUUACCUGGAAACAUCUGGAACAUCCUGAGGAUACAACAACUGGAUGCAUCAAAAACUAUUUUUUUUUGGUUGUGAUUUUUUUUGUUGUUGUUGUUUAUAUGAAAACACUCAGAAUGAUACAACCAAAAGGGAAAAAAAUAAAAAUCAAACAACCUUCA